AUGCUCUCCUUUUCCAGACUUCUUGCUUUCCUACCUCUUGUGGGAGUGUUCGCCAGCCCUGCGGAUCCCACAUCGAAAACCGUCUAUCCUAAAUCCCCGGAGUUUCUUCGGUGGUUGGAGCAGGCUGGGAACUCCACCGAUGGAAGCCAGCUUGCAAAACGCGAGAAUCAAUUUUCCGACAGCAAAGAUGGAGUGAACUCCGCCGGCUUCUAUUACUCGCUCUACAACGACAACGGUGCUGGUGCCAAGUAUACCGAGUUCGACGGAUCUGGCCAGUUCCAGGUCACCUGGGAUGUCAGUUCGGAGUUUCUGGGUGGCAAGGGCUAUAAAGGCGGUGAUCCUCGAUCUUUGACGUGGGAGGGAUCAUUCAAAGCUGAGGGCGAUUAUACCCUGGCAGUGUAUGGCUGGACCACCGAUCCUGUCACCGAGUGGUACGUUGUGGAGGCCCAUGGCACGGGAACUCCAGGCAACGGAAACAUUCUCGGCCAGGUGAACUCCGAUGGUGGUGUCUACGACGUCUACAUGAUUCCGUAUCGCGACGUUCCCGAGAUCUACGGCGUUACCAACUUUAACCAGUUGUGGUCGGUCCGCCGAGAGGAUCGGUCUACCGGCACUGUCGACGUUUCAGCCCAUUUUGAUGCUUGGAAGCAGCUUAACCUUGAGCCUGGCAAUCCCGUCUUCCAGAUGUUGACCGCAGAAGGCUUUUCCGGAACCGGCUCUCUCGACUUUACGGUUGAGUAAACACACUCGCCUGUGGUAUCACCAUGCCAUGGAGCCCAGCCAGCCAGGUGAUUGCACUGGGCUUUUGUUGUUUGAAUAUGUAUCAUUC